GUGCAUCAGAGGCGGAACCCCUCUCCUGAUCUCCUGCAGGUGCGGAUUCCAGGUUUCCAGUGGGUGUCGGGGUGGUCUCCAGAGCUCUCCUGGCCCUAGGGAACCCUGGGCUCCAUGAGGCCUUGGCCUAGCCAGAUUGUUUCCCACACUGUCAUCUCCCCACACUGUCACCUCCCCACACUGUCACCUCCCCACACUGUCACCUCCCCAAACAUGGGGCUGCAUGCUCUGUGCCCUCGGUGGGACACUGGAAGGAGUUCCACCUUUGAGGCUUGGAUCACAGUAAAGCCUCUGCCAUGGGGAUGUGCUGCCUGAGAGAGAUGGGGUUGAACCAGCCAUGAUACGUUGGCCUUGGGCAAGUCAUCUGUGCCUUGCUUCCCUUCACCCAGCAGCCAGAAGGGAUAAUAGCACCUAUUUCACCCAUACUCAAGUGUUCACUUGUUAGCAGGAACUGAGUCCCGGAGGAGGUGCAGGUGGAGCCAUCGAGGCAGCACUGCAGCUGGACCUGGGUCUGAGUCCCAGCUCCUGGCUGUGAUAUGCAACACUCUCUCCAUUUAUUUAUCUGAAGGACAGGGCCGUGCUGUUCUGGGGUCACUGUGACAAUGCAACUGGCCUGUGUGAGUUGGUGGUGGCCUCCUGAGAUGGUUUGAGGUGGGCUGGAGGUGUGUCUUGAAUGCCCCUUUGCCCCCACGGGGAAGACCCACUUAGGGAAGACUCAUGUGUCUGUAUGGAGGAACCCACAUUCCCUGCCGGUCAGCUAUCCUCUGUCCCUUCCCAGCUCCUUCUGGUGUCCUGCAGGCUCUGGCGGUGGCCAUCCAGCUUGGUGGCCAUCUGGCUGGUCUACUCUUCCAGGUGGACCCUCUCUCCUCAUGUGGUGCAAGUCCCAUUGCGCCACCACCAGACAAGGCACACCAACCCCAGGGCCUCCAUUCCCUGUUACCCAGCCCCCACCCCCACAUAUGUACCACCUCCCUAAAGCCCACUGUUUCCACCAGCUGUGUUUGAACUCUGUCUCUGAGCAAGACCUAAUGCAAAGCCUGAAACAGCCUGGCUUGUAGAGGGCCAGGAGACCAAAGCUUGAAGAGAGAGUGACGGUCUCCCAGAGCCCACUUAGCCUCAGCCCCAGGGCUGUGUCCAUGCUGUUCCUGGCUCCAGUGAGCCAAUUCUCUCCCGUGACGCUUGUAAGGGCUCCAGUGGUGAUGGAGGUAGCUGGAGAGAAGAAGGCUGUCUUAACCCUCCCUCCCUGAGAAGGCCCAACGGGGAAUAUUUUAGGCAUCAGGGCAUUCUGGGGGCAUCUUCCAGGGACCCCUCCUAUACCCUGCCCUGCCCUGGCUCUCUAGUGAGAAAUUGCAGUUGCUUGGACAGUGGGGCUGACCCAGGACAAAUGCAUAUAUUAGGCUGGUCUUCAAGGUGCUGUUGUAGGGGCAGGGGCACUUCAGGGAUAGGAAGGAGAGGCCUGUGUGUUCCAGAAGUACAGAGGAACCUGGUGCCGGCCACAGUCAACCCCGAUGUGAUGAUCUUUCUACACGCCCUCUUUGGUGUCUUGUUGCUGGCUGCUGUCUUUGGCCAGGUAUACAAAAUGUGCCUAGCAGGACUCUGCUUUAUAUCCAUUGAAAGCAAGAAGUAAUACAGUAAAACUUUGCCUGGCUAGAGGCUUUGGAAGAAUGGAGUAUUCUGAUUUAAUGCUAUUAACUUGGAAGUGUGAAGGUGGAAAGAAUUCAAAACUUACAUUUCCUGUUGAAUGCAAUUUGAAAAUACAGCCAGUGAUUCCACUUUUCUUCUCUAUGUGGUCCUGGUUACGCCUCCUCUGGCUCAGUCACACAGCAGCCUGGCAGGUGACUGGAGGUGUUCGCUGAUGUGGCCCCAACCCUACCUCCCUCCCCACCCCAUGAUGUUAGAAGAAACUCGACAGAACAAAUUGGCAGCAGCCAAGAAAAAGCUAAAAGAAUAUCAGCAGAGGAGCAGCCCUGGUGUUGCAAGAGGAGCGAAGAUAAAAAAGAAAAAAACUGGCAGUAGCCCUGAGACAACCACUUCUGGUGGUUGCCAUUCACCUGGGGAUAGCCAGUACCAAGGACUAGCAGUAGCCCUGGAGUCAAGCUCCAUGACUAUCCAUCAACUCAAUGAAAACAUAGAAUCAUUGAAAGAGCAGAAGAAAGAAGUGGAACAUCAGCUGGAAGAAGCAAAGAAAGCAAACAAUGAAAUACACAAAGCACAAACGGAGCAGUUGGAGACAAUCAACAUCCUCACAUUGGAAAAGGCAGACUUGAAGACCACCCUAUACCAUACUAAACGUGCUGCCCAACACUUCGAAGAAGAGUCCAAGGAUCUGGCUGGCCGCCUGCAAUACUCCUUACAGCGUAUUCAAGAAUUGGAGCGGGCUCUCUGUGCUGUGUCUACACAGCAGCAGGAAGAGGACAGGUCCUCGAGCUGCAGUGAAGCGGUCCUCAAGCGGCGGUUACAGCAGACCAUAAAGGAGCGGGCACUGCUGAACACACAUGUGACACAGGUGACAGAGUCAUUAAAACAAGUCCAGCUACAGAAAGACGAAUACGCUGAACACAUAAAAGGAGAGAGGGCCCGGUGGCAAGAGAGGAUGCGGAAAAUGUCGGUGGAGGCUCGCACAUUGAAGGAAGAGAAGAAGAGUGACAUACGUCGGAUACAGGAGCUGGAGAGGAGCUUGUCUGAACUCCAAAACCAGAUGGCUGAGCCCCCAUCCCUGGCGCCCCCAGCAGUGACCUCUUUGGUGGAACAGCUACAAGAUGAGGCCAAACACCUGAGGCAGGAAGUGGAGGGUCUGGAGGGAAAGCUCCAAUCCCAGGUGGAAAACAAUCAGACCUUGAGUCUCUUGAGCAAGGAACAAAAGCAGAGACUCCAGGAGCAGGAGGAGAUGCUCCGAGAGCAGAAGGAGUGGAGGGUGUGGGAGCAGAAGAGACUGUGUGAACAAAAUGAGACGCUUCAGGAGCAGCAGAAGACGCUAGGGGAGCAGGGUGAGAGGCUGCGAAAGCAGGAGCAGAGGCUACGCAAGCAGGAGGAGAGGCUGCGAAAGGAGGAGGAGAGGCUGCAAAAGCAGGAAAAGAGGCUGUGGGACCAGGAGGAGAGACUGUGGAAGAAGGAGGAGAGGCUACAAAAGCAGGAGGAGAGGCUACAAAAGCAGGAGGAGAGGCUGCAAAAGCAGGAGAGGCUCGCAUUCUCCCAGAACCACAAGCUCGACAAGCAGCUGGCUGAGCCACAGUGCAGCUUCAAGGAUCUGAACAAUGAGAACAAGAGUGCACUGCAAUUGCAGCAGCACGUAAAGGAGCUGCAGGAGAAGCUAGACAAUGUGAAGAAGAUGGAGCACCUAGAAGCUGCCAGCCAGCAGAACCAACAGCUGGAGACCCAGUUGAGCCUCAUGGCUCUCCCUGGAGAAGGAGAUGGAGCACGACAUCUGGACAAUGAGGAGGAGGAGGCGCCUCAGCCCAUGCCAAACAUCCCAGAAGACCUGGAGAGCCGGGAGGCCACGAGUGGCUUUACGGACCUCCGGAAGGAGAAGGCAGACAGGAAGGAGCAGGUGGAAAAACUAGAGAUUGGAUUCAUCCAGCUCUCUGGAGCGACAGAUGGCACGAGAGAGUACAUCACUGUAUAUGACAGCCAGGGGCCAGUGCCAAACACACGGCACCAGGAGAUGGAGGAUGUCAUCAGUCUGGCCCAGAACGAGGAGGAAACAAAGGAAAAUCUACUGGAGAUGCAGGAGCUGAUGUGGCCACUUGGGGACGACUACAACGAGGGGCAUGACAAAUUCCUCACCACUGCCCAGAACCCUCCUGAUGAGCCCACUCCAGGGGCCCCAGGCCCCAAGGAACUUGGGGCUGCUGGUGAGCAUGAUGAUUUUUAUGAGGUGAACCUGGAUGACAGCAUGGAGCCUGCACCAGCAGUGACCAGGGAGUGUUCUCCCCAUGACAACCCCACUGCAGAGCAGAUUGUGCAGCUGCCUCCUGUAAGGCAGGACACCCAGGAGCACCCAGGCUUGGCCAGCAAACCCUGCGUGCCAUUCUUUUACCGGGCAGCCGAGAACAGGGAGAUAAACAUCAUCAUCAUCUAAGAGCUGGUCAAGAAAUUUAAAAGAACAACAACACAAAGUUAUGGGGUUGGUCUCCUACACAGUUCCUUUACUCCAUUUGAAUGUUAGAGCCACUCACAUUGAUUUGUGUUUCUAAUUUACAGUUUAAAUUUAUUUGUAAAAAGUUAAGGGAGAGUGGAUCUUUCCCUGAUGUUCACUCUGGCAUCCUUUAGCAUUUUUGUUUUUUAAUUUGAUAAUUGUAGGUCAUUAGCAUGCAUAUCAAGUUUGCCCUUAGGUGGUGGGAGUUCAAACACACAAAGACCCACUAUCUGCACAAAACUAUUCUUGCUUGUUUGGGAUAGGCUGCCAUGCUUUUUUAAUGUUAUUGCAGCAUGUAUAUUCAUUACAGAAUUCAGAUAAAAUGUGCUUAUGUUCUGCUAUUAUGUUUGAUCGAAUCCUAAUCACAGUGAGCUCUUCAUUAGCUCAAUAUGUGGUUUGCCCUCAAGUGCGCACUGUUUAUUACUUUGUAAUGUGCCACUGUGAGUACUGACAUUUAGAGUUGUUUAAAGGCCAAGAACUGAAAACAGCCUUUCCCCUAUUUUUGUGUAUUGGAAAUGGGAGUAAUAACAUUUUGGGGAGGUUUUUAAAUCUCACAGAAGAGGAAAGUGGCCUGCUCUGGCAGGUGUGUGCAGGAUAGAGUGUUUCAUUUGUUCUGGUGCCAAGAAUGAGCGCUGUACUAUGGUGGUUCCCUUAGGAUUUGUAUGUGCUCUGGGGUCAUGAAGAUAUUGCAUCAUGAGCUGCAGCAGUUGUACCCUUUCUCGAUGACCUAAAAAGGGAUUAUUUCUGAGGAAUGAAAGGCUCCCAUCAUUGACUGUGGAUGUGGAAAACCUUUUCUAGCUUAGAGCAUUUAUAUCUACAAUACAUUUUAAAGUCAGAGUUCAUGUUACCUGUUUUAAUCACAUGAGUAUAUGUCCCAGUACACAAAAGGGCACUGGUUGGCAUUCUUCUUAAUGUAUUUAGUAAAUAUCAUAAGAAAUCCUUUAAGAGUUUAAAUGUCCCUGGAAGAGGCAUACAGGCUCUAGUCAAGAAUGAAUUCGAGUGAAGGAAAGCUGUGUGACACUUGGCCUUCCUCUAUGUUCAUGGAGCUUCUUUGAGGCUAGAAGAUUGAUUUUUACCAUCUAGACCUCUCUGGCUAAUACCUAUUCUUCAACCACAUUGGUUACUCUGACAUAGGAAUUUACUUCUUUUCUUUGAAUGGAAAACACUUUAAAAAUAAUAACAACCAUUAUUAUAAACCAAUAUAUGUGACAGUACUCAGUUGAAACAAAAAGGAGUUUUAGUAGACAGUAUUAUACUACAUAUGAAAAUCAAGGCCAAGUUUUUGCAACUUAAAAUGUUUACAAGCUGCUGUGCAAUCUACUGUUUGUGAAAGUCAAAGUAUUAUGAGGAAAAGUGUCUAUACAAUCAGAGUUAUAUUUCCUCACAAAUUUCUUUACGAAGAGUGAAAUAUGUUUUUAUACCUCUCAGUUUGUUUAGAGGCAUAUUUUGUGCCAUAUUUAUGUUAAUGUGCCUAUACAUGAUGAAUGACUUAUUUCAGUCAUACAUUGCCUAAAUCAUAACUUUGUGAUGCUUGGGAAAGAAUCAACAGUUAAAACUUCAUGAAGUUCUAAUGUCUGUGUUCCAAAAUACGUCACAUUAUUAGGAUGUAGGGAGAGAUGUAUGUGCACUCCCUGGGGUGGGCAUUUCUAGUUGCUAGACCAUCUCCAUUUUUAGCAUUUGGCAUCCUCAUGAUACUUUUAUAAAUAUGACAUUAAUAGGAAAGCAAUAAUAUGAUUUUACAGAUGAAAUAACAGAUUUGCCUGCAUUCACUGAAAGAGUGCAAAUAUUGGGUUAUUGUGACUUCAACUGGCUCUUCCAAAUUGUAUGAAUUUAUCAAUGUAUUACACAAACCCAGUUUCAGAAUGAUAAAGAAAAACUGUUAGACCAAAUAAUGUAGCUAAUUAACAGUGGUACGAUUUCUAGCCUGAGGGUUUAAAAUGGACUUAAGGUCCUGUUCUUGCCUUCUAUUUUGUGAACUUGCCACUUUUGCAUUAUUUGAGUUCACUUGAAAGACAGUUAGUUUAAGUCCAUUUUAAACCCUCGGGCUAGAAAUCGUACCACUGUUAAUUAGCCACCUUAUUUGGUCUAACAGUUUUUGUUUAUAAUUCUGAAACUGGGUUUACCUAAUACAUUGAUAAAUUAUUUCAAAGGAAUUUUUAUAUUUCAAAUCACUUCACUUUUACCCUGAUAAAGAUAAAUGACUAGGAAUGACCUGCAGAUAGCGUUUAGCAUCUGUAACCAAUCUGACAAUAAUGUGUUCAUCAGGUACCUAUGGAUUAAGUCACAUACUGGCAUAUUUAAGCUGAAUGUCAAUCUGGAAAAUAAAUGUACUGUAUUCACUGAAAUACCACUCUUUGUGUAGGUAUCUUGUCUUAUGUUUCAGAAAAAGCUAAAAAGAAUGGAAAUCCUAUGACAAAAACUUAAGUCUUUCUUCAAAGCUCACACAGUCUUGCAAUACCUCAUUCAGCCAAGUAUUUGCUCUCUUCCUCAUUCAGUAUAAGGCAGCUUUCAAUUUGCUUAGAAGGCAACAUUAGAAGGUUAGAGUUCAUCAGAAAUAUAGAAUUUUAAAAUGUGAGUUCAACUGAAUAAAUUUGAAUUUCUGCAGGAAGUAAAGAAUCAAAAUACCUAUUUAAAGAUUGCAAUAUAUGGUCAUUAUUUUUAAAGUAUCUGAUUAAACCUGAUAGGUUUUCCAGAAAUGAAAAAAAUCAGUUCUAAAACCAAAGCUGAUUUUUAGAAAAUGUGAAAAUGUAACUCAGCUCUAUCCAUAAUACUUUCUCUGAAACUUUAUCUUACAGUCACUUUAAAAAUAAUAUAACUAUUCAAAAAUGUAACUGCUAUGUUAAUGUUUUGAAAUAACUUAAAACAUUUUAAAAUAUGAAUACUGUCAUUUAAAACAAAGAAACUGGAAGAAGGAAGAGUAAAGAAAGAGUUGCCAAUUCCAGUCCAAACCUUUAUUUGCCAAGUUUUCUUAGAAUGACUUUUACCAAUUUAUGAAUUCGGUAAACAGAAUGUGUAAUGGAAAUACUGAAACACUGUUGUCUAAAGUGGGAUUAUUGACUGCUACUGUGGUGCUACUGUAAUGUAAUAAAUUAUUAAAUUGUUGCAAAGUGCUGUUUUUGCCUUAAAAUUUUAUGUGUCUUGAAAACUAUAGUAUUAAAGGUAUUGAGACUGUGCAAAUGCUGGGUACACUUGGCAUGAGAUAAUUGGUUUUUAUUUUUACAACA